GGCUGCGCGGCGCGGUGCGGGAAGCGGCGGGGCUGCGGCGGCGGCCGCGCUAAGGUGAGCGAGGCCGGGCGAGAAGAGGCGAGAAGAAGUGAGGCCCCGUCGAGGCGGGCGGGAGCGAGACGGCGGCGCGGGGGCGCGCGCGGCGGCAGGGCUGACCCGCGCCCCCGCAGGUGUGUGGCCCGGCGGCGGCGGCGCGCGGGCGGCGGGCUCGGGCCGAGGCAUGCGGGCGCGGCCCGCGCGCGCCUGAAGCAUGGGGACGCAGGGCAGCCCGGUCAAGAGCUACGACUACCUGCUCAAGUUCCUGCUGGUGGGCGACAGCGACGUGGGCAAGGGCGAGAUCCUCGAGAGCCUGCAGGACGGCGCGGCCGAGUCGCCGUACGCCUACAGCAACGGGAUUGACUACAAGACCACCACCAUCUUGCUGGACGGCCGGCGGGUCAAGCUGGAGCUCUGGGACACAUCGGGCCAGGGCCGGUUCUGCACCAUCUUCAGAUCCUACUCCAGGGGCGCACAGGGUAUCCUGCUGGUAUACGACAUCACCAACCGCUGGUCCUUUGACGGUAUCGACCGCUGGAUCAAGGAGAUCGAUGAGCAUGCACCUGGGGUCCCCCGGAUCCUGGUGGGGAACCGGCUUCACUUGGCCUUCAAACGGCAAGUCCCGACUGAGCAGGCACGCGCCUACGCAGAGAAGAACUGCAUGACCUUCUUCGAGGUCAGCCCUCUCUGCAACUUCAAUGUGGUGGAGUCCUUCACGGAGCUCUCGCGCAUCGUGCUUAUGCGCCAUGGCAUGGAGAAGAUCUGGAGGCCCAACCGAGUGUUCAGUCUGCAGGACUUGUGCUGCCGCGCCAUCGUUUCCUGCACACCUGUGCAUCUCAUCGACAAGCUGCCGCUGCCUGUCACCAUCAAGAGUCACCUCAAGUCCUUCUCCAUGGCCAAUGGCAUGAAUGCUGUCAUGAUGCAUGGCCGCUCCUACUCGUUGGCCAGUGGUGCUGGGGGUGGUGGCAGCAAAGGCAACAGCCUCAAGAGGUCCAAGUCCAUCCGGCCUCCACAGAGUCCCCCGCAGAACUGCUCACGGAGCAAUUGCAAGAUAUCCUAGCAGGCAGGUCCUCUGGGAUGCACCUUGGCCUGCUGGUCUCAGGGGUGCCACGGGACAGCAGAGGCUCUGCUGCGCAGCCAGAAGCAAGAAGUGCCAGGAGGCAGCUGUGCCUGUGCCGUCCUGACUGCCCAGCAUCUGACUGCCGUGGACAGCGCCUUCCUCUCCUGCAUGGCCGAGGGGGCAACAGGGAGCAGAGAUACACAACUGUGGGAGGCACGCUGGGACAUUUGAGAGGGAGGGCAGGACGGCUGCCACAACGGACCUCUGCACUCACGGACCCCCAUGGCAGACAGGUGGGCAGGCUCUGGGCAGCCGUUGGGACUGUGUCCAGGUGCCCUCUGUGCAGUGCUGAGAGUCUCGGCUCAGGCAGCUCGCCAGCCCCUGGUUGUGGCAUCAGUGAACCCAGCCCGCUCAGCUGUGUCACUUGGAGGCUGCAGAACUGUCUGGACAUGUGAAUGCCCAUUGGGCGAGCACCUAUACUUGGCAGCUUCUGUCCCUGACCUGGGAGUGAGCGGCCCAGAGCUGCUUCCUCACAUUUCCAAGUGACCACCUAGUUGGCCACAGUGGUGGACACUGAGCCGCUUGAGGACCCAAAGGCCAGCCCUGCGGGAGGCCUGGCCCGGCCACAUUGGUGCUGAGCUCUACCUCCUGCCCAUGGCCCCAUCUUGGGCCAGGUCCCCCUUGCUGCAGGACCCCUGGCAGUGUGCACCCCUCCUGGCACCCCCAUCAGCCAUGCCACAAGCAUGGUGGGGUGGGGCCAAGCAGCUCUCUUUUCUUUGGACUUCAAACCAAAUUUCACGAACUCUUGGGCAGCCUGGAGGGUCCCGCGUGCACGUCCCACACUACCUUUGCUGCCGUCAGCUGUGGCAGCUGAGCUUUCCCGACGGUUUCCUUUGUACAGUAAAUGUCACUCUGAGAUCUGCA